UGCUCUGUCAGAGAGAGCAUCUGUCAAGCCCACAUUUAAACUGCUGCCUGCCUGUGCAGCAGCUGAGGAACUGUGGAUUUCAUAUUAUAGCCUAAAACCUCAGUAAAACUGCUCAAAAUCCUCCCUGCAGCUGCCAAGCAACAACGAAAGAGAGAGGUAAAUCCUAUUCUUCUCCAACACAAUCGAAGCACUACAUUCUAGCUCUGGCUGCUUUACAUUGCAGCUCAGUGUUAUUACUAGAAAUAUGGAUACUGAGAAGAGAACACAGCCCUGCAUUGUCCAGCCAGGAAAACAGCAGAUGUAAAAAGCUUCAAUGCAUCAACUGUCGGGAAGAGUCAACAGUGCUCCAAAUAGAACGGACAACUACAGCUCCUUUGUUUAACGAAAGACAGAGAAAAUGAAAGGAAGGGAAAUUUUCAGAAGACUAGGACCCAUAUGAACAAGGAGGGUAACUGGAAGACAAGCAGACAGAUGGACACUUUGGAUACUGUGAAAAGCAAUCGCAGGAGGCAGACUGUUGGGGGAUGUGCGCAUGUUCGAUAGCAUCUCUUUGGCUGAAGUGAUGGCGUGCCAAAAGUAUUUUCAGUGGGCAUGAUCCUCUCCACAUAAAUGGCCUGACCAAGAAAGCAUGACUGCGAGGGAUACGACGUGAGCAAAUCAGAAAAUGAUUGCCAAAGAGUAGUAUUGAUUCAGAAGAAGGUAACAUUUUCAGUCACCAGUACCUCCUAUACCACUCCUGGACAUUUACAACAUGCUUCAGUGCAGGAGAAGACACUGCUGCUUUGCAAAGAUGACCUGGAAUGCCAAAAGGUCUCUGUUCCGUACCCAUCUAAUCGGAGUACUUUCUUUAGUGUUUCUUUUUGCUAUGUUUUUGUUUUUUAAUCAUCAUGACUGGCUGCCAGGCAGAACUGGAUUCAAAGAAAACCCUGUGACCUACACUUUCCGAGGAUUUCGUUCUACAAAAAGUGACACAAACCACAGCUCCCUUCGAAACAUCUGGAAAGAAGCAGUCCCUCAAACUCUGAGGCCUCAAACAGCAACUAACUCUAAUAAUACAGACCUGUCACCACAAGGAGUCACAGGCCUGGAGAAUACACUUAGUGCCAAUGGAAGUAUUUACAAUGAAAAAGGUACUGGACAUCCAAAUUCUUACCAUUUCAAAUACAUUAUCAAUGAGCCUGAAAAAUGCCAGGAGAAAAGCCCUUUUUUAAUACUGCUAAUAGCUGCAGAGCCUGGACAAAUAGAAGCUAGAAGAGCUAUAAGGCAAACCUGGGGCAAUGAAAGUCUAGCACCUGGUAUCCAAAUCACACGAAUUUUCUUGUUGGGCAUAAGUAUUAAGCUAAAUGGCUAUCUUCAACGUGCAAUACUGGAAGAAAGCAGACAAUAUCAUGACAUCAUUCAACAAGAAUACUUAGAUACAUACUAUAAUUUAACCAUUAAAACACUAAUGGGUAUGAACUGGGUUGCAACAUACUGUCCACAUAUUCCAUAUGUUAUGAAAACUGACAGUGACAUGUUUGUCAACACUGAAUAUUUAAUACAUAAGUUACUGAAGCCAGACCUGCCUCCUAGACAUAACUAUUUUACUGGUUACCUAAUGAGAGGAUACGCACCUAAUCGAAACAAAGACAGCAAGUGGUACAUGCCACCAGACCUCUACCCAAGCGAACGCUACCCUGUCUUCUGUUCUGGAACUGGCUAUGUUUUUUCUGGAGAUCUGGCAGAAAAGAUUUUUAAAGUUUCUUUAGGUAUCCGUCGUUUGCACUUGGAAGAUGUGUAUGUAGGGAUCUGUCUUGCCAAGUUGAGAAUUGAUCCUGUGCCCCCUCCCAAUGAGUUUGUGUUCAAUCACUGGCGAGUUUCUUACUCAAGCUGUAAAUACAGCCACCUAAUUACCUCUCAUCAGUUCCAGCCUAGUGAACUGAUAAAAUACUGGAACCAUUUACAACAAAAUAAGCACAACGCCUGUGCCAAUGCAGCAAAAGAAAAGGCAGGCAGGUAUCGCCACCGUAAACUACACUAGAAAAGACAACUUUUUUUCAAAUGUGCAAUCUGUAAAUAUUGCUAAAAGCAUGUAUAAUUAAAACUGAUUACAUCCGUAGGACAAGUUUUAGUUAAAACUCAUCACAUAAAGGAAUUCAAAAAGUUAUUUUUUUAUUUCUGAAAAAGGUAAUUCUUAAAACUACAACAUUAUAUAACAAAAAAGUAUCCCAAAAGAAUCUAUAAAAACCUGUAUAAGGGGAUUCUGUGUAUUAACAUGCAAUAACAAGCAUGCAUAAAUCAAUGGUUCAAGCCCCAUGUUAGGGGCCAAUAAAAUGUAUUUGCAUAUAUUUUCCACAUAAAUUUUAAUUUAAAACAUGAAGAUAAUCAAAAGACCCUUCAUUUUAUAUUUAGCUUUUUGUUUUAAUACAUAAUUAAGUGUAAAUAAAACAUCAAUAUCAAUUUUAAGGAAACUUUAUAACUGAGCAAAGGACAAAUUUUCUGACCUGACUAUUCUAGGGUUCUAAAAACUGUAUUCCAUGCAAUAAGAUUUAGUUGAGUUACUCCAUAAAUACAUUCAUAAAGCUCAGAUGUUUCAUCAAUGAACUUCUCAUCAAAGUAUUUACUUUUUGAAAGUAAUUGAGAUAUUCAUUUUAAUUUCCUUUAUUAAUACUCAUAUAUUGGGGGAAAUUAUUUUGACAUGAUGUGAUAAAAUGUAAAAAAUUAAUGUGUCUCAGGCUCAAGUUUUUAUAAAAAAAGUUAUUAAAUGUUUCAAAAUAGACAAAUUGUUUCCUCAUUGGUGUUAAGGGCCAAGCUAGUUUUUCAAUGAGUUAUUUAAUUAGAUCAAUCAUGGCACUCUUUAAAGAGCAUCACCAUUUAACUUCAAGUAUAUCUGACUUCAAGUAGAUCUACAAAAAUAACUGAUGCAAAAGCAAUCACUUAAAGGCACAAAUAGGUUGUACUGCUGAAAAAAGACAAAGGUGCAGGUGCAGUUUCAUUCAAUACAUUUCUAAGAUGCAUGUCUGCCAAACUGCAACAUACGGGAAGUUUAUUUCCUGACAGCAGGUGUACACAUGCCAAUACUUAAUCAUUUUAUGGCACCUAUUUCUUUAUCUGAGUGCCAAGUUUACAAACCUGCAGUUUUUAAUUCGGUAGAUGACAAAUAUUCUGCAUCACCAAUUAAAAACCUUUCUGGGAGGGAUGGGGGGAAAACUACAAAUGUUUGAUGAACACUUGAUUCUAGGAUGAACAAUGUAUACAAUGCACUUUUAUCAAGUUUUUAAUAAAAAAUGGUAAACAAAAAACUUUA